AUGGCGGCUUCAACUCACAGCGAGAUUGUUGGUCGUGGACUUCAUCCUAGACUCAUAUGGAAUCACAACAAGAUUAGAGUGCUCCGUGUGAUUCGUCUUCCAGAGACAAUAGGUAUAUGGUGCAGUUUUGUGCUAAAACCACUAUGGGAGUCUAACAAGGAAUGUGAUUCAAAUAAUGAGGGAUCUUUUGAGAGCUCUAAAGAAAUGGAUCAGUCAGGUGUGGCAGAUGAUUCUACACUUGGUCAAUUUGUGAAGUCUGUAAAAAAGAGAACAACCAGAGCAGUAUUGAGCUCACAAGCUGCUGAACUCACCCCUGCCCCGGAAGAUCAAGCAGAGCCUUCGACAAGGCAACAACCAGCAGCUGUAAAAAGAAAGAGGGCACCACCACAAAAGCGAGAGAGAGUACGGGACCCUGAUGUUAACUACUUCAGUACACGAAUGGGUCCCAAGCAAAUGUAUGACCUUGUCCAGCGUCUAACACAUAACCAAAAGGAUGCUGUGAUUGAUAUGGGUUUUGGAGGGCUGCUGCACCUACAAUUUUCAAGCAAUUACUCACAACUUGUUGAGUAUCUCCUGCAAAGGUUUGAUGUUUUCAAAUCAGACUUCAUAUUGGAUGGUGACCAUCUACAUGUCGGUGAAGAGGAUGUUGAAUACAUCUUGGGACUCCCCCGGGGGAAGAGAGAUGUUGAGGAAGGUACAAAGAGUGAGGAAAAUUCUACAGCUGCAUAUAAUAAGGUCCUGACUGAGUGGAGGAAAAGAUGGAAUGUCAGGUCAGGGUCACCCAUAACAACAAAGAUGCCUGAUGAAAUAAUCAGGAGAGGUGACCAUGGAGAUGCCUUCAAGAGAGACUUUGUGGUGUUUGCUGUCUCAUCUCUGCUCCGGGGAAAUACUGGAAGAUAUGCCAACUAUCGAGUUAUCAAGUCAUUGCUCAACAUCCGGUCAAUCUCAAGACUUAAUUGGUGCAAGUACACGUACAAUUCUUUAAUUGAUUCGUAUGACAUUUACAAAGACUCUCCUACCAGAUCCUUUGGAGGUCCAAUGGUAUUCAUCCUGCUCUUCUACUUUGACCGAGUACAGUUCAGAGGCAUGACCGUCAACCGCACAUUCCCAGCAAUAAAAGCUUGGACAAAAAGCCUUAGACCUACUGCCAUUGCAUCUACAUCAUCACCCCGACCUGCACCUCCUCCUGCUGCAAUACCAAGGCCAGUGUCCAGCCCUGCUGCUACACCAACUAUUCCAGCUCCAUCUGUGCCUCUGACAAAUGUUGACCGAGUAACAAAUGUGCUUCAACGGCUUACAGCAGAUGUCCUUGAGUUCGGUCAGGUCAUGUCUGACAUUGGCAAGCAAGGGGCCCCGGUUGAAAUCAUGAAGAGGGCUUUUUCAGGAAUAUCAACAAUGCUGAGUGCUGCAAGCACAAUUCAACCGACUCCUAGCCCAACUGCCUCGCAAUUGGAUGACAUCUUCUUCGGAAGUGAGAGCUUCACAUCAGCAGUUGAUUCUCUGGUAGCAGCUUUUGAAAAAACAAGAAAGGAAAUGGAAAUAGAAGUCCCAUCAUUUGAGCUACUUGGACGCUCUACACCAACCCCACCACCAUCUCAACAGCAGCCUUUGGACACCUUGGUGGAUAACAUUGUGAGGAGUGCAGGAGUAUCAACCUCAACAGAGAAGGAAGCAACUCCAUUACUAAUCAGAGUGCCAUUCGAAAAGUCCACCACUCCUACUACCCCUGCUGCCCAAACUGCUGCUGAGAUUGAUGAAUUUGAUAAGGCUAUGGAUGAAAGUGAAUCUGAUGUUGAGGAUGUUACUGUGAGAAAGAGACCUGUGCGCAAAUUCAGGAACAUCCCGCUUCAUUUGAGGUCACCAUAUUGGAAUAAGAACAAAGGCUCCAUCAAUAAUGCAACUCCCAAAGAAAAGGUUUUUUCAAACUACGCAUUUUUGGAAGCCUCAAGUGAGCACCCGGGAGGAGAGACAUUGUUCAAAUAUGGUGAUUACUACUUCACAAGGGAUGAUUUUGCAACUAUGUGCAACGGUGAGCUACUGAGCAGCUUCCUAGAUGUCUGGUCCCUACGUUUUACAUUGCUGAACAUGCCCCGUGCGGUUGGGGAGACAAAGCGGGUCUACUUCUCCACCCUAGUACAUCUUCAAAUUGAUCCCAAUGAUCAGUGGAUGAAGGAUCUCCCAACUCACAUAAAAAUGAAGAAUUUCAAUGAGAGAUUGAGCUAUGAAAUAACCAGCUUCGGGAACCUAGACAUCAGUGAUGCAGAUCUGAUAAGUUCUAUUACCCAUGUCCAAUUUGACUUUAUCAUGUCCAAAAAAAUACUAACAUUGCUUUAA